UCUAACCGUGUGCGAGAGUGUGUGUGGUCGCACAAAUUUACCGAUAUUUUGCCUGGCUUCGUUCUCUGACGAAUCGGACGUAGCAGGCAGUGACAAACGAGCGACGCGCAGCUUGUGAAAAGUCAAAAAGAGAAAAAAUUUAACAUUCGGGACAUUAGGUUAUAAAGGUAGCAUAAAAACGUUUAGCUCGGAAGAUAUUAGCAGCCCGGGACGAAACGCAAGAAGAACAAUAACCCCACCACUACAACUACAACGACAACAAGGUGAAGGCGAAACCAGGACAAGCAGCGCGCAAAAACGCACAAAAGAAUUAACGAAAAAUACCAAAAGGCAGACAAGAAGUUGCAAUUUUUCAACAGUGGAGUCCAUACAAACAGCAGCCAUGAGCAAACCAAAAUUCGAGAUUCCGUUGACCAUUGAUCCGGAGCAUGAGUUGCGUUUUGUCGGUCCCUUCAAUCGGUCCGUCGUCACAAUCAUGACCCUAAGCAAUAACGCGGCUGUGCCACUGGUCUUCAAGAUCAAGACAACAGCUCCAAAGCGCUACUGUGUACGUCCAAACAUUGGGAAGAUCCUGCCUCUUCGCUCGACCCAGGUGGAGAUCUGCCUGCAGCCCUUCAUGUACGAUCAGCAGGAGAAAAACAAGCACAAGUUCAUGGUGCAAAGCGUCCUCGCCCCGAUGGAUGCUGACCUGACCGAUUUGAAUAAAUUGUGGAAGGAGCUGGAGCCGCAGCAGCAGAUGGAUGCCAAGCUGAAAUGCGUAUUCGAGAUGCCCAGUACUGAGGCAAAUGCAGAGAACACUAGCGGCGGAGCCGUGGGCUGUGGAGCCAGCAGCGCCGGCGGUGGCAAUGCGGUUACUAAUGUCAGUUCCGUCAUCGCCGAGGGCAUUAAGUCGGAGACGAAGUUGUCUAGCAAUGAGAAGGCCUCAAAUUCGCCCGAUGCCACUGAGCAUGUGGACUCCGGUGAGAUCAAGGCGCUGAUGGAUUCCAACAGUGAACUACGUAAAGAAGUUCUAUACUUGAAGGAUCAACUCACACGCUAUCGCAGCUCAGCGGUCCUCAAGCAACCGAACGAGCCCUAUGCCCCAGUGCUGGCUGAGAAACAGAUUCCGGUAUUUUAUAUUGCAAUUGCCAUUGCUGCGGCCAUCCUGGGUCUCUUACUGGGCAAAUUCUUGCUCUGAAUGCCAUAAAUUAUCCAACAUGCAGCAGAAUUACUAACAACUACACAACUACAGAAAACAAAACACAAAACAAAACACGAAAUAGAAGAGCAGCAGAGGGCAGCAGCACCAUCAAACCGCAACAAGACGCAAUAGCAGCAAUAACAACGAACGUACGCAGAAGCGACAG